AUGAAAUACAUGCGAGAAAUAAUGGACACAGAGAAGGAGACGUAUUUGUCCGUGGUAAAGGAGUCGAUCGAUACGAUGAUGCGGAGCCCAGAGGGAGAGAAUUUGUGCAGGGUUUUCAUGGAUGGGUACAAUGCUGUAUAUCUGUACUGCACGGAGAAUACGCACGAGAAGUACAUAAUAGAGGGGGCGGAGGUAUAUAAGCUGUACGAUCAGGCUCUUAUAAAGCAUUUGAAAAGGCUCCCUGCAGAUUACACUUUGGAGACUUUUGUUCGUUUUGUGGACGCAUAUAUUCGGGCAAAUGAAAAAAUAUGCAGGAUGCUCUCCUUCCUCUCGAGGUACUUCGUGCGCGUGAACCUGGAAAUAUCGAAUGCGAAUGUGAUGGAGCUGAAAAUGCUCUACUUCGAGAGACUCUAUUCGAUGCUUAUAAGCGACCGAGAGAACUUGAUAGUUCCGAUGUUCAUUGAGGGCCUGCGGGAGUACACGCAGAUGAAGGUGAAAAAGCCGUUGGAUAAAAGCGUUUACUACCGACACCUGAAAACUCUCCGGGUGAUGGUCCAGUCGUACAUUCGGGUCUGCGAGAUAGCGAACAAGAAGAAGUCCCUGAAGAAACUGCUCAACAGCAUCGCAAAGUUCGCAGCGACGAAGAAGGAGGGCGAGUCCCACGCAGCGAUAUACUACAAGCUCGCAGCUGUGGACAGCCUCUUCAAGAGAAAGGAGAGAAACAAGAGAAAUCUCUACCGGAUGGUGGAGGAGAAGGUAGACGACCAAGUCCUGAAGACGUUCAUUGAAGGGUUUGUCACGAAGAUGAUGCGAAGUGGAAUCAACAAGAAGACGCACGCAGAAAUAUCUCCGUUCUACUCCUUCAUAGAUAACUCUGCAAGGGGAAAGGACAUAUUCAUGAAUACGGUGCUGAUGAUGUGCGUGAAGGUCAUAGAGAAAACUUCCGACUGCAAGUCCCUCCUGAAGUUCUGCAUCUUCAUGGGGAAACACUUCAGCUGCAUGCCAAGGUCCUCGAAGAAGGUCCGACGAGUCUUUGAGAUGAUUGUCGCAAGACGCCUCCACGGGAUAAUGAAAGAACCUUCCAGCGCCUUCGAGAACGACCUUCUGGAGUCGAUCGAUACGCACAUGAAAAUGCCCAAACAGCCUGUCCUCGAGAUGUCUCUCUUCGUCUCCUGCAUUCCCGCGCAUAAGCCUGCCUUUUGGGUGAAGUUUUCGGUGGGGGUCAAGAACAGGCUCAUCCUCGGGAGUCCCUCGACGGUGGAGAAGCGCCUUAUCUGCGUGAUUGUUCGGCGGAUAGAGCAGAAUCGAGAGGUUUCCCUCAAGAAAAAUUUAAAGCUGCACAAAACCCUCUCGGACUAUAUCGAUCAAAGUACACUUUAUAAUUUGUGCGAAUCCUACGAUGUGAGCAACUUCGAAGAGAUCCUGCUCUGCAUAAAAGACGUCGCCACGAGCGAGAUGUACUUCAGAACGGCAAAGCCCGAGGUGGAGACGGAGUGCCUCCUCCUGUCGUACACGCGGUGGAACUAUCCCAUUGUAAAGAUGCACAUUCCCGCAGAGUUGGAGGAGAUGUGGGAGUCCGUUAAGAAGUACUGUACGGAGAAGGGGAGAAAGUAUACGCUUUUUUUCUGUCCUACCGUAUCCCCAGUGACUCUGCACUUGGACGAGACGGAGAUCGAGUGCGACGUGAUCCAGGGAUCGAUCCUUCUUCUCCUCGUGCGAGUGGGUCCUCAUGCGCUGGAGGAGCUCGUGGGGGCGCUGAUGGUCGAGUGCACGGAGGAGACGCAGGCCCUUGUUCUCCGGAAGGUUCAGACCCUGAAAAGUGCGAGUUUAGUCGUUGAAAUUAACGGAAAGUACGAGAUAUGCCUUGAUUCUGCGCAGAAGAAAGUGGGAAUAUUCGUCCCGGAGAUAGAGGAUGUGCUCAGUGAGAAUUCUGCUGCGAAGUACGCGUACUCCAGGAGUGCGAUUGAAGCCCGUAUCGUGCGGAUACUCAAAGAGAAGACGGGAAUGUCGAGCGAGGAGUUGCAGGCAGCCCUGGAGAGAAACUUUCAGUUGGAGGACCAGGAGUUGGAGGGGUAUGUGAACUCCCUGCAGGAGCGAGGACUUAUUUCUUCUUCGGAGGGACUCCUGUACUUUGUCCCGUAA